AUGUGCAGCGUGGAUCUACGCAGGCGCGUGUUGCCCGCGUGCAAGGCCAGGCCACCGCGGCACCCCGACCACGUGGGCGACGACCCCACCUGCCAGUGGGAGACUCCCGUGCUGACUUUCCCGCUCACCUACGUUGGCGGAGGGGAGGGGGACUCCAGCAACGCGCUGGGCGAGAACGUCGGCAGCGUGCGCAUCUCCUUCGGCGUCAGCGUGGACCCGUCCACCAUCCUAAGGGCCGCGGAGGAGGCCGAGAGGCCACUGUUGCACCGGAAGGCGGACCAGGUGAAGCAGUGGAUCGAGAAGCCCGUGCGUUGGGUCGCAGAGGCGAGCAUGGCGGCCGGCUGCCAGAUUGACGGGGACGGCUGCCGCCAGAGCCGGAGCUUCUGCGGGGCGUUCGAGGCCGAGCGCCCCGCCGAGGGCGCCCCCGUGGUGCGGGCGCCCGACCUGGACAGGGACGGCUGGGUGAAGCACCAGGGCCCCAACGGCCGCGUCUUCUGGCACCACAUCGAGGCCGUCGGGGCGGCCUCCGCCGCGGGCGGCGCCGCCGCCGGGCGGGGCCCGCCGUGCGCGGCGGCCGCGGGCGGCGGCGGGCUGUCGGCCUCCACCCGCGGCGGCGCCGCCCCGCAGGUCGCCCCGAUCGGGGCGCCGCCGGUUUACGUCCAGAGGGCGGCUGGCGGCACUCCUGCGCGCCUGGCGAUGCCCGCGGGCGCGCCGGCGCAGGCCCCCGCAAGGGCCGCCGGCGCGCGGGUCGCGUACGCUGCGCCAGGCGGCUACGUGGGUCGUCCCCGCGUGCUGCUUCCCGUUCCCAGGCCAGGGUGAGCACCAGUACGUGGUGCUUCCAGUGCCUGCGGCCCGCCGUCCUCCCGAAAGUCUCGACGUUCCGCACAUCCACACAGGGGUUGGAACGAAGUCGCUCAGCAACCUGCGCCCUGAGAAGCUGCUGGGAUGCCAAGAGGCAUUGGCGCGCAGGUGGAUGACAGGCUGCGGCGAUGAGUGACUGCGCGUGCCAUGAGCGCGA